CAUAAUCUCUGCUACCACGAAGUGACUCAACAGUGCAUGAUAUGAUAAGUAGCUAUCGCGAAGCUGCACUGUCGAGCAUUGCAAUCGAUCAGGAGCUGAAAAAAUGGAAGUCAACGGGGACGUUUACCUGAAUGUUACCACGCUCUUGGUUGCUGUAGGAGCCCUGGUUGCCUACGCACUUUACAGAAGCGCCAAGCGGCCCGCAGGCUUCCCGCCCGGGCCAACCGCACUACCGCUUGUUGGAAAUAUUCCUCAGUUUUACUUUGCAAAAACUACUCAACAAGGAGUCUUCAACGAGCUCUGGCAGAAAUACGGAGCAGUCUAUUCCUUGAAGUUUGCCAGCGGGGACGUUGUUGUGCUGAACACCAUUGAUGUGGUCAAAGAGGCACUGGUCAAGAAAGCUGUGGUGUUUGCUGGACGUCCUGAAACCUACUCACUUGGAUUGUUCACUGACGGUUUCAAGGACAUUGCCUUCUCGACCUAUGGCCCCCAGUGGCGUUACCAACGCAAACUAGGCCACACUGCGAUCAGGCACUUUGCACAGAAGGAGCGUUUGGAGCAACUUGUCUCCACCGUCACCCCAGGAAUUGCCAAGGUUCUGGACGAAAUGGGAGACAAGCCAUUCGCUCCCAAAUGGACGAUCGGCCAGAUAGUGUACAAUAUCUUGGGCACCCUUUGCUUUGCCAAGACGUACAAAUUCAACGAUCCCGAUUUACUGAAUUGGAUUGAUAUCAACACUGAAAUCAACAAAGCUUUUGGAAGCGGUCUGCCUGGGGAUUUCAUGACCAUUUUCCAGUACAUCCCAACUCCUGCCGAUACCAAGUUAAAGCGUCUGCUGAAGCCCUUCAAGCAAAUGUUCCAAGAGGAGUUUGAGAGACACCGUGAUACUUUUGAUCCAGAGAAUAUCCGUGACUUCUUUGACUCGUUGCUGCUGACCCAGAAGGAGAACAUUGAAGCAGGGGAGGAAGGAGCUGAUCGUCUGACAGACACGCACCUCAUCCAUACGGUCAUGGACAUUUUUGGAGCGGGAACAGAAACCACCAUUCUCACCCUCCACUGGAGCGUGCUCCUCAUGGCCGAGUAUCCUGAAAUCCAGAAAAAGGUUGCCAUGGAAAUUGAUGAGAUCAUAGGUCAUGACCGGAUGCCCUCAUUGACUGACAGGGGUUCUUUGCCGUUCACUGAAGCCACCCUUCUGGAGAUAUUUCGGUAUGGUACCGUGGCACCACUUGGUCUUCCGCAUUCUGUGAUGGAAGACACAACACUGGGUGGAUACAAACUCCCUAAGGAUACCACUGUGAUGAUCAACCACAUGGCCCUUCAUUUCAACCCUGCUAAAUGGGAGGAACCGGAAAAGUUCAAACCAGAACGUUUCCUAAACGACAACGGUCAGCUCCCUGCCAAGCUUCCAGAGAGCCUCCUACCUUUCAGCACUGGACGCCGUGUCUGCCUUGGCGAGGACUUCGCUAAGAAGGAAGUCUUUCUGCUCUUCACCUGGCUUUUCAGCCGGUAUACCUUCUACAAAGUACCAGGCAAAGAGAAGGAAACUGUGCUGAAGUUGAAUGAAGAACUGGGUUUUGCUCACCAGCCCCUCGAUGACAUCGAGGUCUGCGUUAAAACACUACUGUAAUUCAAAUGGCAUUCAGAAAAGUUGUUCGGAACAUUUGUGAACUUUGUCAAAGAUGGCUUUAACAAUCUUUAGUGCAGCUCCUUUAUAAUACAUGUAACAGCAAUAAUUGACCACCCCCACUAUCAGUUGUGUAAUAUAGAAGGUAGCACAUAACAACUCUCGUAAAGGAGUCUUUAGAAAUUCAUCUGGAAGUGUGCCCCGAUCAGAAGUGUUCAAAGUCUGGAUUUAGAUUUCAACCCCUUUCGUAGGGAAAGUACCAAAUUACUGCGGCGUUGAUUCUCCUAUACCUUGAAUCACAUUGACAGGUAGUUCCACAUCAUGCUUCCAACUUAGAGCCCUCUUAAAAUAGCUUGGAGUGAGACGUAACAUGUACCCAAUAAAGUUGUGAAGGUCAUACUUAAAUACCUUUUAUGACACAUUCGCGCUGGUAGUUAGUCAAUGUAUUUACAAAAUUAUGACUGACAGUUUUGUCGAAAUGGUUACACUUGUGAACUGGCAAAUAUGCAUCUUUUGACAGCUUCAAAAUUCAAAAUUCUUUACUAGUGCUUACCUUUAGCUAUACAUCAUUUUAAAGAUUCUGGACCAAAGAAAUUUGGUGCACCAGCAUAUCUCAAUGAAAGAGGGUACGCUAUGUAGACCUUGGCAAGCACCCGCUAAGUUUUUCAUUGCAAACUUGCUGUGAACCGAGUAUCAGCCAAUUCAAAAACCUGACUCAGAAAAAAAAAUUUGUGUCAAACGUUGCCUAAAUUUUUAAUGAAGUGGAAGAAUCAGCAACAUGGUAACUGUAAUAUUUUGGUAAAGUGGUUUUGAAAAUACUGCUUAAAGUUCAAAUCAAAAUUUCUCUGAUCCAUUACAGUCCGUAAAUAGGUGGGGCAAGCUUGUGUGAUGUAUGGCAGAAACUUUAACUCCUCAUGGUGAUCUUCAAGCUUCGACAUCACAUGCAUAUACACAGUCAUUUCAUCCGUCAUCCAGUGUGUCAUAAAUACAUGUUGAUCUCUCGCUGUUGGAGUUCAUGAUUCUUCAGCCUUCUUUGCUUUCCGUAGGUGUAGAGUUUAAACAGGCAGACAUGGUAGUUUUUUAGAAAGACAGUAACCCUAGCUGGUUGCGUCAGAUUUGAAAUUAAUUCGUUCCUCAAUUCCACCAACGUAAUUCUCUAAAGACAAUACCUGCUUUGUAGUAUAACAAAUCGAAUCUGUAUUGAAGUAAAUACCUUGAAACAAAGCAGGAGUUUUUUCAAAACGUAAACUUUACAAAUCAGGGGCAUAUGUAGCUUUCAGGAAAUGGGGGUUGGUGGGUGUACUGAAGGGAUGGCCUGCUGAGGGGGUCCAAAAGCAUCAACCACCGUUCCCUGAUGAAAAAGAAAACUGAAAUAUAUAUGGACAGAUGGACGGCGCAAUCCUAGUCCAAGACUUUCUUUUAAUACUCAUUUUCCGUCAUUUCACUGGCAGUUCCAUUUAGUCCGCGGCUGAAUGGGUGGGGGUGCAACACCCCUCUAGAUCUGCCUCCGCAAAUAAAAUAUGUAGUGUGCCCCCAAAAAUCCUGCUACAUAUAUCAAUCAAAGUUUGAUAGAAUUCGAAAAGAGUCUGACAUUGACUAAUACUAAUAAUAGCUUCGUAUUAUGUUGAGAUUAUAGAAAUAUAUUGCACAGAAACUAAUGAUUGCGCACAAAGAUUCUGCAUUAAGUAAGCUUAGCAGAUCCGUUAGUGUUAAUCAAUCUAUGCAGCUAUAAAACGUAUACUGUUAAAGUGUUAUAUGUGUAUAUGCAAUGAUGCACCGGAUAUGAUGCAAUAAAAGUUGAAAAAAUACAUUAUGGAGACCAA